AUGACAGAUUUUUCGAAUGUUUCUGCCUAUUGUCAACAUCUCAAAUCUCUGGCGGAUCAACUCAAGAAUGUCGGCUCCCCGGUCGUUAACGAUCGACUAGUUCUUCAACUGGCUUUUGGCCUUAUCGAGCCCUACCAAGCCCGUUCGAUGCUCACUCUUGAGGAGGCUGGCCGUGCUAAGAAAGCGGCCCAAAGCUCCUCCACUGCCUUAGUUGCUCGCUCGACCGAGGGUCCUCGUGAUGUGCCUGAUAAUUCUUCUUCCAACCGCAAUACUAAUGGUGGAGAGAGGAACCACAACCGAAGCAAUAAUUGUGGAAAGUAUCGCAUCAACAAUGGUGGUCGUGGAGGCGGCAAAAGAGCUACCAGCAUCGACGGUAUUGCAGGCCGUAGUGGUCAACUGGAAGGAGGCAACAACAGCGGCACAGGGCAGCAGUCAGCGGGGCAGAACCCUCCGCCCUAUUCACCAUGGGCUGGCGGGCAGCAAUGGACGUGGAUGGCAUCAUGGGGUUCUUGGGUUAUACCAUCGUGUCCAUAUCCUUCAACUUCUUAG